AUGGGCAGUUCGGCGUUCAGAAACGAGUCAGAGGAGCCCUUUGUUGCUACCACCCACGAUGCAAAUCAACCAAGCAAUCCUAAGCCACCACUACUUCGAGAAACGCGGACGAUUUCAAACCGAGGCCUUGUAGCAGAGUCAUCUCCGCUUGAGGGACGAAGUAUUAACACCAUUCCUCGAGAAGACACAGAUGUGGAGGAUCUUUUCAACCCUUAUUCAUCUAGGGGUUUGAGCAACCAGCUUGUCGAGAGCAGUCACCAUACUCCCUAUCCAUGGCACAAUCCCCCUUUUGCUAACACCGGCCUGCAUGAUAGGCCGCAAGGUGUACACAUGCACAACCUGUGUAACAACGUCCAUGAGGCAGAGCAGCCAGACGGGGUGGCUACAGAGUCCAGUCAUUGUCAGCAUGUUAGACAAGGUAUGCAGGUCAAUGGAGAUUUCUUCAUUGCUUCCAAUACUACCCACGUCUUUCCGCAGAACCCGGAUGGAUCACAGAUGCUCUUCCGUAGCUUCUCAAACACUACCGAAGUGUUUCCAUUUACGACAGAGACACAAACAGCAGACGGGGAAAGUUGGAGUGGCCCUGUCAUGCUUCAUCCACCUACUACAAAUCAGCCCAUAAAUUCAGCUUCCUACGAUGACCUACAGACUUAUAUCGCAUAUGAUAUGAGUCGGCUCCAGAUCGACCCGGGUGCUGGCCCGAGGGAGAUGCUCGCAAAUCCGGCUGACUUACCUGAUUGGAUGUACAAAGAGCCCGUUCAACCCUCACAAGAUCCAUUUGCCGAGUUCCCCAGGACGGACAGCUUAGGAGGAAAUGUUGACAUGCAUAGCUGGAACUGUUCUUAG